AUGAUGAACCCGUUCAAGAGGCGGCAGCAGAAAAAAGCUGCCGCGGCUCAAGCCUAUCCCUCUAGUCCACCGCCCACAGACUAUUCCUCUUUCCCUUCCACCUCUCGACUACCGCCUCGACCUGCUAUCUUUAUCGCAAGUGGCCCAGCUUCGCCACGCUCAUCGUAUCAUUCUCGACAAUCGCAGCGUCGGCACGAGCUAGAACAGCAGCACUCGCCAUCCUCACCGCUACCAACGUCGUCAACACAGCAGAGCUUAGAUCAUGUUUUACCGCCAACUUCGGACUACCGCCAGUCGCUGAUCAUGCCCCACCUCACCCGCAGAUUCACACUUCUUCGCGCACCAGAUGGCUCGCUCGUCUCUCCUGAUGCAAUGCGUGCUCACUUACGCGCCCAACGAGCUCGUGCACGAGCUGCCAACAUCGCCGUUGGCACCGGCACGGAUAACCACGUCAACUUUCUCACCGAAGACGAAGAAAACGAGAUCAUCGAGCAGCUCAAGGCACAAGCACGGGUAGAAGGACGCGACUUUGAUCUCGAGAAAUCUUCCACUGCCGCUGCUGUGGACUCUUGGCGCAACGGGUAUGCUGCCGGUACUGAUGGGUUCGGCUCUUGGGUUCCCACUACCACCAACGGCUCGAAUCAGCUUUCCACUCUUGCACAGACGCUUGGUGAGCUGUCAUCCAAUAAUGGUCACUCUUCUGUUGCUGAAGAUGGUCAAUCGUCGUCUGCAUGGUUUCCAGCACGCAAAGCAGGGGGUAGUUCUUUCACUGGUCGCACUGCUGAGCGAGACCAGGCCUACUUUCGCAGUGCAAACAAGGAGUGCAGCAGUACCAAGGCCGACGAGCCCCGAUCUCCACCCAAAACGGAUUCAGCCAUGGAAUUUUCGCGCGACACUCCCACUGAGAGCGCGACGGCGAACUCAUACGCGCCUAAAUCGAGUACCUCGCAAGUCGAAGCAUCUGAUACGGAAGAGCAUCCAAUGCCAGGGAGCUUCCUCCCGACCAACGGCAAUGAUUCGACUUCAGCCCCAGUCAUGAAAGAGAGAAGUGCGGAUGCUUCAAGCGCAAAGCCUUUGCUGGACGUUUCAGGCAUCAGCGACACUUCGCGCACUCGCACCUCGCAAGUUUCCAACCUGCUCACCACUCUUUCUCCGGAAGCUUUCAAACGUGUCAGCACUGCACUCGACGAGGUGUUCGGCCUCAUUGUCUCCGAACGCGGUCCCUCGCCUGCUCGUAUCGAAGCAGCAUCUCCCGCUGCCUUAAAUCACAGACCUCAGAGAUCCUCGAUGGAAAGCGAAGCCAAUCCCUUUGCCUCCACGUUGGACUACGUUCGCCGUACCGAGGCCAAGCAGACCGAGUGGGAAGUAGAGGCUUCACUGAGCACACGUCAACCCAAUGAGGAACCAGCAGCCAGUGACAACGAAGACACUGCCGACCGCGCCACCGCAGGCCUGCAGCCAACCUUAGAUGCUGCGUACAUCGAACAAGGAAGGCUCGCUGUCGCCUCGCCACUACCUGGACCCUUGCCGGGCUCAUUACCCGCCGAGCGUUCAGACUCUGUCAAUGACAGCCCGGAAAGUCAGGCUGCAUCUCAGCCCUCAACACUGACCACAUCGGACAGUGUUCAGACCGUAAUUGGCACCAGCAGGGACGUCGGAGAAUCGCAAGCUGGUCUAGUCUCACCACAACAUUAUGCUUCUUCCUCGCAGCACCUCUCCGUUUCUGGCCAUUCCGUGACUGGUUCCUCUCUGACCCGCCCUUCUGACCGCAGCUCAACCGCCACUGCCACAGAAGUGCCGGACCAUACUCCACGUAUAGUCUCCACAGCAUCUACCAUCGAGGGUUACAGGCCGGCUGAUGGGGGCGCAUCUUUGAACUCUAACGGUGGCGCGCCAGAACCCAGCGCGGUCAAACCGGAACCUCAGACAAGUCAGCAUCAGCUUAAGGAAGCCACACGCCCAUAUACGUUUGCAAACGGCCAACAACCGAUCGCACGUCCAGAUCCCACACCAGAUAUGCCCACGAGAGCACUUUCCGGCAGUCCCGCGCGAUCGACCUUGUCACGAGGCGACUCUAUCGUCAGCGCAGGUUCGAUGCGAUCCAGUCUCACAGGACCGUCUGCGUCGUAUCAAUCGUAUCAAGGCAGUCACAGCCGCAAGUCAUCGGCCGAUAGACUGGCGCUCGCCAGGUCGAUGGCGCCUCAUCCUCACCUCCGAGAGCAACCCUCGCUAUCCAGUAUCCGUCGAAACUACAGACAACAUGUUCGUUCCCAGACUGGCUCGUCUGAGGGCAGUCUCCUUGGCGGUCACGCUUCGCGAAGGUCGUCAGGUGCAAUGAGCCCACCUCCUGUUCUCAGCCGCAGCGCUCGCUCGCCCAACUACUUCCCUCCACCUUCUUCGAGUGUUUCGAUGCACGACUACGCCUCUGGCUUCAAGCCACCCUCCGCCGUCUCUCCAGCUGCCGCUGCUGCCUUGCAGUCCAUGGUCAACCAGCCUAACCAGAGUCCUCAGCCGAUGCAGAGCUUUGUCAUGGACGCAUCCAACGCUCUCAAGAGCGCCCAAAGCAUGCGGAACUCGGCUUCGAUCAAUCAGAGCAUCGCUUCGCCCCACGUCCCGAGCUUUGCCGCUUUCGCUUCGGGCACUGACCGUGCAGCAGCGACCAGCUCUCCAGAGUCCGGAACCACCAGCGUCAGCCUUCACCAGCGGAACGCUUCUCUUUCCAGCAACAAGCAGCAGCCACAGUCCCAGUCAACGCGCGUCUCGACAGUCGAGGAUGGCGUCUCUUCAUCCAUGUAUGCUCCCAGGCCAGCGCCAAUGCCAGAAGUCGCUUCGCAGGCACCACAGCAUGCUUCAGCUCAGCCAACUAUCAACGAGCAGGGACUGAUGCCGAACCCACCUUCGGACCCAGAGCAGGCAGAGAGAUGGAGAGCAAUCUAUGGGAUCAAAGCUGCCGACGCUGCUAGCCUUCGAGCUUCUUCCGAGGAUGUUACCGCUGAUCCUAAUGAGGAGGAAGACUUGUGGGCCAAAAUGGCAUCGGCACCCGAGCAAAAUGGUACCCAGCGUCCGGUUUCCAACUUCGCACCUAGCAUUGCUGAAGAGCGUCUGGCAGGCACUGGUAUCACAUUUGACCAGAUUGCGGACAUGCAGUCCCGCCUGAUCCAGACAGCCAAUGGCAGCGAGGUCAUCCCACCUCUUCCUCGCAUCCAGGCUGACCAUCAGUACAACCAUCAGCAGCAGGAGUUCACUGAGGCCAAGUCGAAAGGUCUCGCCUCUCCAAACAUGGUCUUCGGCACUGGCUCAAAUUGGUCGCAGCCGACCCCGAAUGUUCAGGCGAGCAAUAGUCUUGGUCUAGAACGCUCCAAUGGAGAGUCGAUUGACACAAAUCGCAAUGCUCCCAUGUUGAGAAACACGUCUAGCACGUACUCGCAUGAUCCUCUGUCGCCAAGAGCUGUCAUGUACGAUGUGACAACCAGCCAUCGACCCACGUCACCCCCUCUUCACAGUCGCAGCGGCUCUUUGACUGGUUUGCCCAGCUUACUCGAGCUCAACAGCUCGACUGGCCAUCGCAACCGGGAAUCCUUCUCCUUGUCGCAAGCAGUCGAUCAGGCAUCACGCAUGACGCGGCAACCGACGCUGACGUCUUCCUCCAUCGCGGAAGAUCCAGACUUGACUACAGACCUCGAGUCGCAGUACGCCGUGGCGAAUCAAGUGCAAGAGCAUCCUUUCAAUGUAGGAUACACGAGCCCUUCGACCUCGACCGGUCCUCGUAGCGGCAACAACUUCACCUUUCCCAGGAAAGAUAUUCAGAUCCUGGACCAUAUCGAUCAUUCGCCUCGAAGUCAACACCAGCAAUUUCCUCCCGAGGACGUUUGGGAUCGCUACGGUCCUCAGCAUGGAGGUAUCACACCAGACAUCUUCAAAGUCUCGAGCCCAGGCUCUCCCUUGGCCUCCACCGGAGCUGAUCCAACCAGCCUGCACGACGACAUCGCCGCGCAGACCAGUGCAGCAACUCGAGCACUCAAGGGAACCGAUGAUGGCUCCGUACCUACACCGCCUUUCCGAACCAAGAGCAUCUCGCGCAAAAAGUCAUUCAAGAAGGUCAGCAAGCAGAUCUCUUCGCCUCAACUCAUCUCGACCACACAGAAGCUGGAUCACACAACGCAGAUCCCUCCCACUCUCGAGACGAGUACAUCUAACAAGGCGAGCAAGCGGUCCAACCGCUCACCAGGUUGGGGUAGCAUUGGCAACUUUGGCACCGACAACUUGCGAAGCCAUGCCAAGGCAAGCCCUUCUGGAGCGUCGCACAGCGACAGCACGAGCAAGAACAGUGGCUACUUCCACCGCAGAAGAUCAAGCUCAUUCGGUCACGAAGCCAGUCCCAACGAUAGCUUUGGUCUUAGCACUGAAGGUGCAGGCACUCCUUCCGCGGCUGGCGAGCAGAGCAACGGCGAGCGAUCCUCUGACGUCCACCCGAAUCACCCCUACAUGAACGGCGGCGUCAAUGGCGGAAGUCUGUCGCGACUCUUCUCUAAGAUCAACCGCAAGAAGAGCACUGAUCAGGGUUACGGAGGUGCCACCAUUGAACCCUUCCCUCCUGAGCUGAUUGCAAACGCACAUGCGACCGAGCAUGUCUCGCAGCAGGUGCCAAAGACCCCAGAGCUGCCCAGUUUGCCGCCGGUAGAGCGCACGACCCCUUGGACUCUGUCUAGAAUGCCUUCUUCCGUUUCGAGCGACCGCGGCAGCAGCAUCCGUUCUCCAACGUCCCCGAUGUACAUCUUGCCGAUCGACUCGACUUCGACGCCACGCAACAAGUCCAAGAAGAAACGCACUCCCAUCGUCCUCAAGCGCGAGUCCGAGGUGAUCUUGCCUGGUGAUCCUGGCUACAUUCCUACCACCAUCAUUGGUAGAUCGACUGAAGAUCGCGCUAGGGAGCUUGCUGAGAUGCCCAACGCUCCAGUGCAUUGGCAGCAGCGAAGUCAGGAUGUGUCAGAGCCGGUGACGCGAGACGAAGCGCUGCAGUCGAAUGGCUUGCUCGAGCAAUCAACGGAUACGGCACUGGAGCCUGCGGAAAGGAUGAACUAUUCGCAAGGCGAGAAAUCUGAUACCUUGGCGCCUGUGGCCAAUGUUAAAGAUGAUGAAGAGGCACUGACGCCAAGGCCUACUUCGCCGCCGCCCGCUGAGAAAGCACAGGUCGAUGAAGGGGAUGCGACCGUCAACGAUGCUGCCGACGCGACCAUUCCAGCUGUCCGUCAGCAGGAUGCUCCGCAGGAAGUGGCAGAGGCAGCUGAGCUGACCAGCAAGAGCAACUCCACAGACACCGAUCCCAAAGCCGCUGCCCGCAAGUCUCUACGCGACACCAUCGUCCGCCGCACCAUCAUCAUCCCCGCUGGUAUCGACUUCAACGAGCAGCGACGCUCCUUUUUCGCCUCCGCCAGCCGCAAAUCUCGUCGCUUUGCCUCUGCCGAAGACGAACCAGUACCUGACAGUGGCCACACUUCCAAGUCGCUCGAACCCAAAAGUGAAGCAGAAUCCUCACCGAUCACAAUGGAUGUCGACAUGCCCGUCAACGACACCAAAAUCACUGACCAGCCCCAGCCGCAAGAAGAAUCCAUGUCGACCUUCAACUCAAAGCAGACUCUCCACCCAGGCGCAAGCCUCGGCGGCAUUUUUCGAUCCAACCGCGCCAGUCGAGUGGAAAGCUCCUAUGCUGGAAGUCUGUACGACAUGUACAUCGGCGGCGAGAACGUCGAGUUCGGCAGUCCUGGAUCUGAUGUUCAAGAGCUUGGUUCAGGAGCACGCAGGUCUCUGGCACCCGGUCGAGCUUCUCGUAUGCCCGAAACACGUCGUCACAUCGAGGUGACAGAGCGUGCGGACGGUAGUGUAGUCUGGCAAGUCAUUGCAGGCUUAGCUGACCGAGGCAGUGUAUAUUCGGACUUUGACCCUCGUCACAGUAGACAUUUUAGCGAUGCGAGUGGGUCUGCUGUCGAUACCAACUUCUCGCGCGAUUCCAUUAUAGGAGACAUGCUGGGCGCUGGUGAACAAGAAGAAACCUUGAAUGGAGUAUUCCACACCCCGGCUGGAUUGACAGAUGAAGACUCAAGAUCGUUCUUCACUCGUCCUCGAGGUGGGGCUCAUAAGAAGUCGUUCUCUUUCGACCGGACGGAGCUGGUGCCUGAGCUUCCGCGCAGUGCUGGGGUCAGACAGGACGUGUUUGAGAUCGCAAACCCUCCUCUGGCCAAUGGAGAUGGUAUUGACAAUCACACUUCCGAGCAAGGUGCGGACACCGAUGCGGCAAAUCUGCGCAAAGCAGCAUCUCCGACUCAGAUUGUCUACCAUAACGACGCACAGCUUGCAUCGCUUCUAGACGUUCUCGCAAAGGGCAAAGAUUCGGCCAAGUUCCAGUUUCACAUCGGCCCCAAUCCUGCCAAUGGCGAAGGGCACGGGGAAAAUACUUCCGCAUCAGCAACUGUUGAAGACAGUGGUCUGCUCAUGACACCUCAACCGGACGGAGAGCCACUUUCGACAUGGACAAAGCACGAGAUUUUUGAUGCAGACGAUAUCGAAUCUCACCGCAGCAGAGUCGAGGCUGAGAUCUAUACCCUCUUGAACCAGCAGGCUUUGCUAGGCAGGACAGCUCAGCAUCAAGGCAUGACAUCGGCUGCUGGUGAGGCUGGGGAGACCAGCAUCUGA